GUGACCAAGAGCUGACGUGUGCAGAAGUCCUUCUCGUUCUGGUCGUUGUUCCCUCUGAGUACCAGCUCCCCACUGCCCUGAGGGAGAUCGGGCCUGUUGCAGAGAGAAGAAGGAGGAGGAAAAGGAAAUUGUCCCCGAUUUCAGUAGUGGGUCUGAGCCUCUCUCAGGUUGCCAGCCUUUCCGUAGUUUGCGGCACCACGCCAAGAAAGUGAAGAGGAAGGAAAUUAACCCUGAUCGGUGAAGGUCGAUUUGAGGGUCUGCUGUAGCAGGUGGCACCACUUGAAGCGAGGGAGGAAGUUUCCUCGGAUCAGUAGAGAUUGCAAGGGUUGUUGGGUGUGGCAUAACUCCAGGGGAGGGGAGAAGGGGCAAACUGCCUGUCUGGAGGAGGUUCACCUCCAGUAUCAACUAUUGUGGCCUUGAAGUGGCUGAAGACAAAUACCUUCCACAGGCUGGCACCCAGGCCCAUAGUUCUCCCCAAGCCUGAGUGACUACUCUGUUCCUUGGUCCCUGCUAUUGUCAGGGACGAUUGCAUGGGCUACGUCAGGAAAGUAGGCUGGGUGACUGCGGGGCUGGUGAUUGGGGCUGGCGCCUGCUAUUGCAUUUAUAGACUGGCCAGAGGAAGAAAACAGAACAAAGAGAAAAUGGCUGAGGGUGGGCCUGGGGAUGUGGAUGAUGUUGGGGACUGUUCUGGGGCCAGGUACAAUGACUGGUCUGAUGAUGAUGAUGACAAUAGUGAGAGCAAGGGAAUAGUAUGGUACCCACCUUGGGCCCGGAUUGGGACAGAGGCGGGGACCAGAGCUAGGGCCAGAGCAAGGGCCAGGGCCACCCGGGCUCGAAGGGCUGUUCAGAAAAGGGCUUCCCCCAAUUCAGAUGAUACUAUUUUGUCUCCUCAAGAGCUGCAAAAAGUUCUUUGCUUGGUUGAGAUGUCUGAAAAGCCUUAUAUUCUUGAAGCAGCUUUAAUUGCUCUGGGUAACAAUGCUGCUUAUGCAUUUAACAGAGAUAUCAUUCGUGAUCUGGGUGGUCUCCCAAUUGUUGCAAAGAUUCUCAAUACUCGGGAUCCCAUCGUUAAGGAAAAGGCUUUAAUUGUACUGAAUAACCUGAGUGUGAAUGCUGAAAAUCAGCGCAGGCUUAAGAUAUACAUGAAUCAAGUGUGUGAUGACACAAUCACUUCUCGCUUGAACUCAUCUGUGCAGCUGGCUGGACUAAGAUUGCUUACAAAUAUGACUGUUACUAAUGAGUAUCAGCACAUGCUUGCUAAUUCAAUUUCAGACUUUUUUCGUUUAUUUUCAGCAGGAAAUGAAGAAACCAAACUUCAGGUUUUGAAACUCCUUUUGAAUUUGGCUGAAAAUCCAGCCAUGACUAGAGAACUUCUCAGAGCCCAAGUACCAUCUUCACUGGGUUCUCUCUUUAAUAAGAAGGAGAACAAAGAGAUUAUUCUGAAACUUCUGGUCAUAUUUGAGAACAUAAAUGACCAUUUUAAAUGGGAAGAAAAUGAACCUACUCAGAAUCAAUUCAGUGAAGGUUCACUUUUUUUCUUUUUAAAAGAAUUUCAAGUGUGUGCUGAUAAGAUUCUGGGGAUAGAAAGUCACCAUGAUUUUUCGGUGAAAGUAAAAGUUGGAAAAUUCAUGGCCAAACUGGCUGAGCAUAUGUUCCCAAACAGCCAGGAAUAACUUCUUGAUUUUGUAGUUUAGAAGCAACACACAUUGUAAACUAUUUCUUUUCUCCACCUUGUUUAUAUGAUAAAGGAAUCCUUUCAGCUACCAAUUUUGAGUAAUGAAUAUCAUAUUGUAUCAUCAAUGCUGAUAUUUAUCCAAGUUGGUUUUUAGGUCUAAGCUGGAUGAAUGAAUGUCACUACAUGUUCUGAAAACAUGUUUGUUGCUUUUUAUCUCACUGCCUAUAGUGAAAUAUUUUUACUAUUUCUUCUGUAUAAGUGACAGUGAAUCAAUUCAUCCUAAGUUCUCUCCUGUCAUUUGCAUUAACUUCAUUUGUGUAUCAUCAAUAAAGUUGUGUGUUAAUGCUGGAAAGAAAAAAAAAA